AUGUCACGGUCUCCAUCACCAACACCAGGUGGGAGGUCGGUUCUGGCAGAAAUGACGGUUUAUCAACCUCACGGAGGACUUUGGGGUCAACACCAUAAGUACAAGACACCGCAAAGUAAGGUCGACGAUUUCUGGACAAAGUUUACCGCGAGAGUCCCGGGAAAGGCCACUACGGUUCUCCCCAAGAACGAGUACGCUGAGAGGCUUGCCAAGCGCAAGUCAGCUAAGGAGGUGGGAGGUGGUACAAAUGCGCAAGCAUCCUUCGAAGAAGCCGCGGCUAUCUGCAGGGCCAAGGUGGAAAAGAUCGUUCAAGAAUGCCGUCGUGUCAACCAGAAGUACAGAGACCCGCAUUUCGACCUGGAGUACGACUUGAAGACGGGUAGGCGCGAUUGCCUCGAAUCGCUUAGUAACGAGAACAUCAUCGAAUUCUCCAGUAGCGACUCAGAUUCCGACUACAACCACCUACCACGCCCCCGGUCGCGAUCCCAUCGUCACAGGAGAGACUAUGGUGAUCGUGACCAAGGCACAGGCACUCCAGCGAAGUGCCAGAUCAAGACCCAAACCAAAGUCGCCAAGGGAGAUGAAGUCGCGCAAUUGUCCCCGCAAGGACGGAUGCCUGGGUCCAAGUUUCGGCCCGCAUCAGUAAAGCGUGUGGGCGAGAUCUUUGACGACCCAAAGUUCUACAUUGAAGGUCCCUCCGCAAAUGAUGUGCGCCAGGGCAGAGACGGUGACUGCUGGCUCAUGGCGGCAUUGUGCACGAUGAGCAACAAGCCUGGACUCAUCGAACGGAUUUGUGUGGCUCACGACCAGGACAUUGGUGUCUACGGCUUUGUCUUUCACCGGGAUGGGGAGUGGUUCAGCGAAAUCAUUGAUGACAAGCUCUAUCUCACUAGGCCUGACUAUGAUGAGGCUAUAGAUCGUUUUCACAUGGAACGUGUGUUAUGGGAUGAUAGGGAUCGCCCAGACUCUGAGGAAAUUUAUAGGAAAACCUACCAAUCCAAUAGCGGCGCACUCUACUUUGCGCAGUGCGAGAACCCGAACGAAACCUGGCUGCCUUUGCUCGAGAAGGCUUAUGCCAAAGCCCACGGAGACUAUGCAGCUAUUGAGGGAGGUUUCACUGGUGAAGGUAUCGAGGAUCUCACGGGCGGUGUGACCUCUGGAUUAUACACUGCGGAUAUACUUGACAAGGAACAUUUCUGGAAGGAGGAGCUUAUGAAGGUCAAUGAGCAAUUUCUGUUUGGAUGUUCGACUGGGGUCUGGGGACGCGGCUACGGUGACAGAAAGGGGAUUAUGGAACAGCAUGCCUAUUCUGUCAUGAAAGCGGUGGACAUUGACGGGGAGCGACUCCUCUUGUUGAAGAACCCUUGGGGGAAAGGAGAGUGGACAGGGCCCUGGAGUGAUGGUUCAAAGGAGUGGACACCAGAAUGGCUGCAGAAACUAGAUCACCGGUUCGGAGAUGAUGGUGCAUUUUGGAUCUCCUACAGGGACUUCUUGCGCAAGUUUCAGGCCUUUGAUCGAACACGCCUCUUCGGACCGGACUGGAAAGUUACCUCCAUCUGGACCACGCUCUUCGUACCAUGGACCCUAGAAUAUCAUGACACCAAGUUUGCCUUUGCACUGGCAAAGCCCGGCCCGGUGGUCAUCGUCCUCUCCCAGCUUGAUGACCGCUACUUCCGCGGGCUAGAGGGCCAGUACAGAUUCGAGCUUAACUUCCGCGUGCAUCGUUCUGGGGAGGACGACUAUCUAGUACGAACGCAACACUCCUCUCGUAUGAACCGCUCCAUUAACGUGGAACUGGAUCUUGAUGCUGGCGAAUACUUGGUCCUCGUCAAGAUCGAUGCCACUCGCAACGAGUGGGUUCUGCCUACCGAGGACGUUGUGCGGAAUAAUGCCCGUCACCAUCGCGAGAAACUGCUUCGUAUCGGGCUUUCCUAUGAUCUGGCGCAUAGCAAAGCCAAGAUCAAGGAAAGUCUUGAGGAGAAAGCAGCUCGCGAGGCACAUGAACAGCGGAAGAAGGACAAGCAACGAGAAAGUUUGCGGAAGGCUAUCAUGGAGGAGAAGGAGAUUAACUACUACAACCGCAUGAAAAACUGCGAAAGGACGAAGCGUCGGGUGGACAAAAACAAGGAGAGGAUGAAGAGGAAGGCCGAGAAACGAAAGGCGAAGGUGGAAAAGAAGAAGGAAAAACGGGAAGAAGCAGAAAGGAAGCAGGCUGGAGAGACAUCCGAGGCUCCUAUCAAUGGGCAAAGAACGGGGACAAAAGAUCAUUCUUUCAGCCUUGGUGCUGCCUUACAUCAUGAUGGCGAGCGUAUGGUACCCGCGGCAGUAGAUACUGCGCCGUCUACAGACGCCGGACAGCCAACUCCGUCCGUUAGCAGCACGGGUGCUCCCGAAGUCGAUGCAGCGGACCGUCUUCCAGAGCCUGUACUGCCCGGCCCUGUUACAAAGGAUGAAAAGGCUCCAGAGGCCCCUUCGACGGAUGUACUGACGCCUCAAUCAGCUCCAACACAGCAGCGUGGUGGUGAAUCUUCCACCAGCCUUUUUGAACCAUCCUCGGAGCAGGCACAAGAACCAAGUACGCAGAAUCCAGUCGGCAUACAGCCAGGGUCAUCAGCAGAGAUCAACAAGACACCGAAGGACGUUCCUCAACAUUCGCAAUCACCUCAUCCAACGCAAGACGAAGAUGAAAGAAACAAUAAUCAGCUUGAGCUAAUGCUCGGAGACAGUGUCAACAAUGGUACGGAGCAGGGGCAAGAACCAAAGCCAAAAGAUAUCGACAACCAGAGGCAGCCUCCACCACCUCCUCCUCAUCUUCGUGCCCCGUCCGAGCAACGCACUCUCCAACCACCGAUGCCUCCUCCCCAACGUCCCUUCUCGGCUCCCCACAUUCACGACCACCGCCAGCAAAGACCCCUCUCCCAACUGCGUGGAAGAUCACCAAUGCACCCACCCAUUGACACCGGACCCUCGUCUCGUCGGGCUCGGCAACGAAAUGGACUACCGCCGCCACCACGUCGCGAUGUCUUUUUCGACGACCCCCAUCAUCAAAGUCGCAACACCGGUCCCCGCUUCUACGACGAUAGCUUUUCUGAGUCUUCUUCCCCUUCUGACUCAGAAGAUGACUACAGCAUCUCCAGUAUAUCCGACAUUUCCGACCGGGAACUUGACAUGCACAUUCGUGACGACGCUCGUCGCAACGGGAGGCUUCAGGAUCAAGGCCGUCACCAGGCUGCUAUCCUGCCACCACCGCCGCCCCAGCCGCAACCGGUGCAACCUGGUCCUCCGUAUCCGGGUCCGCCGAUUGGGGGCAGAGGUCGGGAUCCCCGUGGGAGACAUGGUGGCAGAAGAGAUGUGCCUAUGAAUGGACCGGUUGACCUGAAUGCGGAGUUCGAGAAGAACCCGUGGAAUGCGGUGGCGGUGGUGGGGUUGAGGGUUUAUUAUCGUGUUGAUCAAGAUGUCACUGCCGCUGAAGAUGGAGACAAAGGUCCAGAUGGCAAGGAAGGGGAAAGUGAAAAGAAGGAGAUGGUCAAGUUGAAAGUUAUCAGACCGAAUCCAUGGGAGAUUGUCAGUGAUAAUGAGAGGGAUGCUAAGAAGAAGAAGGAGAAGGAUGGGGAGAGAAAGGAGAGUAAGUGGAUUAAGGGGUUCAAGAAGAGUAAUAAGAAGGGCAAGGAAGGGGACGACGGUGUGGCUAAACCGGGGAAGGAAAAGGAUGAUGAGGGUGAAGACAAGGGGUUAAAGAAAGAGGAGGUGGAAAAGGUGUUGGAUGUUGAUGAUAGCGCGAAGGAUGCUACUCUUGAGGGCGAGGAGAGGGAAAAGACUGUUGCUGAGGGGCAGGUGUAA